AGCUUGCUAAAUAAUAUUUCAUUGUAAUAAACAUCGCAGUCUUCGUUCAUUACAAAAUGGUGGUCAAUGUUUUUAAAACAAUUCAUAAUAAUAACGGUGUUUGUUUUUAACCUGCCGCAAAUGUUUUGUGUGAUUUUUGAUGGACCAGUUAUAUAUCGAUCUGUAUAGUUGAAGUGUUGCAUGUUUAUCUGCAGCUUUUCAACUCGAGUAACAUAGGGAAUUCAAAUAUUAUCUAAAACAUUUCUUCUCUCAUUGUAAUGAUGUUCGAGAAGGUUCUUGUCGACUCUUUUAACACGUCAUGGUAAAAUUCGAACUGACGAAAGCUAAACGUAAUUUCAUGAAUGAACCCGCAUAUGUAUAUUCCUACGCAUCGAAACGCGUACAGUUGAAGCGUAAUCUCUGCAUUAGAAUACAUGACAGCUUCUAAAUGUGUUAAUAUUCUGUAUGAUAUAAUCACAUUUAAACGUAUAUUUAUUGAAUAUAUAUAUUGGAGUGAAUAAUGCAGACCUAUCUCACCGAACUAUAUUUAUGUGCGGAGUUCCGAGUGUUGCUAGGUACGCGAGCUGUUGACAUGUUGUUGUGCAAGGCGCACUUGGUGCGAUAUAAACACGAGCAUGCGGUAGUAGCCCAUAGUUCGCUGACGAGAGAGACUUAGAACGCGGGCACCACAUAUAUGACCGAUUAAGACACCUCGUAUAGUUUUCUACAGUUGUCACAUUUCAUAAUGUCGAGAGGACGAGGCCGUGGUCGUGGACGUGGACGUGGGGGUGCUCGAGGUGGGCGUGGUCGUAGUCGUAGAGGAGGACGAGGGAGAUAUGCGUCCGCCUCGAAUCAAGUUAAAGAUGAGCAAGGCAGUGCUCCAAAACAGUUCGACAUCGAGACGAAUCCUAAUGACUACUUCACAGGCACCGCAUCGGUGGCCCAACACAUCCAGGGACAGACAGACAACCUGGACAGGUACGCUGCCACAAUGGCAGUUCUCAGGAAGAAUGGAGUGGCAGUGGCUCAAAAUGCCUGUGUACGAGCUUUGACUGCAGCAUGGGCGCGGCAUGACUACAAGCUUGCUGAUGCCUUUCUCCAGAACAGAGAGCAGUUUGGACUAGUUGAGGUCUUGAAGACAUUAACUUUACUUGACUCGGGAAGGAGAGUGCGUGUUCUGGAGAAGAAGCUCAAAAGGUUGCAGCUCACAGGGUCAAAGAUCAGCAAGACGAAGUUCGGAAAGUUGAAGUCAGACAUUGACAACCUCAAUGCAAUAAAACCACCACAAGGGUCAGCAAGUGGGGCGGUGUGCAAACAUGUCCAGGCGUGGGUAAAGACAUUCACCAAGGAGGAGCUCGAGUUCUACGCUCUCCACUACCCUAAAGAUCCAUGGAAGAAACUGGCAGACAUCUGCCACUUCAACCCCCAAACAGAUUUUGAAGUGUUGCCAUGGUUCUUGCCGUUCUGUUUUGGGGACAAUCCCCCUAGUGGAUCAAUGGUGGAGAGGUGUCGGGACGUCACCGAGGCCAACGUCAAUGACCUCAUCACAGAGUACGAUGUCCCAUACACGCAUGUCAAGGAACACAAGGCCAAGUUGACGGACAACUCCAAAGCCAGAUUAGCUGCAUAUGAGUCAAAACUGGACACAGUCUUAUGGUGGUAUGAGGAUCUUCAGUGCAUGGAGGUAGAUAAGAUCAUAACGGAACGACUUGAAGCAGGCGAUAAUGUGAACCUGGCCAAUGGGAAACUGUUGGAAAGAUUAUUGACCCUGAAGAUAAUCCGUGAGAACAUCCAGACUCAGUCAUAUUACAGCACAAGUGCCCCAGCAAGGGAGGCAAACCCAACUAAAGUCUGUUUUCUUCCCAAACUGAUCCCCAUGGCUGAAACAAGACUGACAUCAAUCAAACUUCCUCUGGAGUCCCCGAUUGUUGUGAUUGGCGAUGCAUCUGGCUCCAUGCAGGUCGCCAUCCGAACCAGCACUAUCAUCGCCAGUCUGCUCACCGCCAUCUGCUCAGCCAGACUUGUCUUCUUCAACACUGAGAAUCGGAAGCCAUACUUGCCCAAGACCAUUGAUGAAGUGCUGGAGCUGGCGGUGACGACCAAGGCAGGAGGGGGGACAACUCCUGCUGCUAGCUUGUGGCCAUUCUACGAGAAGAAAGAGGUAGUGAAGACAUUCAUCAUGGUGACAGACGAAGAGGAGAAUGGGAAAGUUGAGAAUAUGAAUUUUGCUGAGUUGUACAAGAAGUAUCAUGAUGAAGUAUUUCCUGCCAAGCUGGUCUUCGUGUCAUUCCUCCGUUCCCAGCAUGCAAAGGGGCAAAUGGUGACUCAACUUCAGGAAGCCGGAUUCCAGCCACUCCAGUUCAAACUGGAAGGAAGCCGUCCUGACCUGACCAAACUUGACAAUCUGUUUGGGCUGCUGUCGUCUGAUUCUGCCUCCUUCAAGGAUGAAAUCACAGAGAUGCAGGAGGACAUCCAGAAAUCAGGGCUGGCCGAGGUCUUCAAGAAGCUCUAGAUUGAGUGACAUUAUUAAGAGGUCAAUGCCUGAACUCGAGCUCCAUUCCAUAGAACAAUAUUGUCAGUCAGUAGUCCCUAAAGGAGUUACAACAAUCGUAGUGCUGCUCGUGUCCUAGCUCUGUAUAGAAACUGAUUCCACUAGAUUAGAGCAACUCAGUGUUCAGACUUAGGAGCUGUUGUGCAACAGCUGUCAUUAACCCGUUUGGACACAUCGGUUUUAUGACAGUCGUAGUGAAACAACUUUCAUUGAUCUUUUGGGAAACAAAAGUGUUAUGACAGUCAAAGUGCAACAACUUUCUGUAGUCUAUGGUGUAUAUUACCCUCAGAGUUUUAUUGUAGCAGUCCAUGAGCAUGCACAAAUGGGUGGAUACAGGCGUAUUAUAAAUGUCCAUUAUUGUUAUAUUCAAUAGUGAAAUGCAUACUGAAUAGUUUACAUACAUAUUGCACUGUUUACAUGCAUAUUCAAUAGUUUAUAUAAAUAUUGCACAGUUUACACACAUUUUCAGCAGCUAACAACAGUGAGUUGAACAAUGCAUGACAAAAUGCAUAAAACGAGUAAAUAUAUUGUGUAAUUUUGUGUAAAUAUCAAUCAGUCUUUCAUUAAUGAGAAUAUUGAGCCCUGUGUAGAUAUACAUAACAAUGGCACUUGCCAGGAACAAGACUUCGAUGUAAAUACCGGGGUAAUAGAAAAUGUACAUAGCAAAUGAUCGUUACAAGGCAGCAUUUGUCAAUUUAAAUGCAAGACAUUUUUGAAAACAUCUGUCUGUGUUAUGAUGCAAAGCUAGAUAUGCUUUUAUCGUUGUGACAAUUAGUUUUGUCAAGCAAUGUUGUGAUAUUAGACAAAACUGUGUAGUCUCCACAGUACCAACGUUUCAAACUGCUGGUGAAACACAUGAUACAUAUUGUAUUGCAUCUCACAUUACAACUUGGGCAUUAUUUUCAGUGGUUAGAUUUUAACCUACCAUUCCUUCAUCUGAAGUCAUUCAUUUUUAAUAGACCCCUGGACACCAUCUCUGUUUUACGGGGAGAUAACUUUUGUAAUGCAUUUAGUUGCAUACCAUGAAUAACUGUUAGUGCUUUUUAAGAAAGAAGUGCUUAUGAAUUAUGACGGUUUUGUUUUUAUAUUUGUAUUUUGUUGAAUUGAGUGUAAUGGAUGAUUCAUGACAGCAUGUUGAGGUUUCAUAGUUGGCGUUUGGUGGUAGUUUUAUAUAAGAGCAGUGACAAUGAUUCUAUUGAGAAGAAAUUAGCAUUUGUCUCAAGUUAGAUAUGUGCAUUUGUUAAAAGUCUAAUUUAGGUGUCAUUACUGUGCUGUUGCAUGUGAUUUACAACUGACUACUAGCUAUUUUUUAAAGAGAAAAUAUUACUGUUGUGUACAACUUUCGGAUAUUUUUAUAGUUAAGUUACAACAUGAGCAUGGAUGAAAUUAUACGUUUUAAUAAAAAACUCCAGAAUUAACAUGUCUUCAUUAAUCUUCAUUGAUUUAUAUAUAAAAUCAUUUCCUAUUUCUGAUGGAUCUUUCAGUUAAGUAAGUAUGUUCACAGUUUCAGUACAAUGUCAGGUGUCUAAUGAGCAAGGUUUCAAAGAAUAUGUUUCUUUAGUAUACAUGCACAUUGUGAUUGGUUCUAGUGUAUGAUUAUAUGUGCAAUACUAAUCUGUCUAAUUGAUGACACAAAUAGCCUCUCUGAUAUAUGAUUUGUGAUGUAUUUACUGUGACAAAGAUGUAUUGCAUUAUUUAUUGCGUUAUUUCCACUGUUACAAAGAAAGUGCUGUCACGUUUGUGCUGGAAUGGACACGUCAUGAACUUAUUUUUAUGUACAGUAUUCUUUGUGAUUUGUUUUAUCUUUUUAUACUCAAUCAAUGUAUGUUUUUCACAGAUAACCUCAGGGCAACUUUGCAUAACAAAUAAAUGUUCAAAUUAUGA